AUGAAAAUAAAAUAAAAUCCUAUUAUGAAAUUCCACUUAUGCUAAAAUGUUGAACUUAAAAAUCUAAUCCUUUAACAAAUUUACACAACAGAUUAAAGUCACAUUCCUUACCUCAUUCAGCUCGAAAGAGUCUCACCCUAUGAAGAUGAAAACUAGCAGAUGCAAUAUAGAUUUUAGAACUGGACAAUCAUAGACACAAACAUACAGCUAAUAAACUUUCAAAGUAUUUAAUUAGAUGAUCAAAAUUUGAAUGAGAUUAAGCUUGAACUUAUUGAUAUCACCUUGCAUAAUCUAGUCCUUUCACAUUAAGGCUACAUUAUUAACAUAGAAGAUUUUUAGCAUUUUAAUCUUAGCAUUUUUCUAAAUAACAGCAGGAUCCUUAAUAACUCUUUCACUGAUGGAAGAUUCUUUAAUCUUAAGCAUAAAUCAAAAAUCUUGAAGAUUAACAAUAUGACUUAUUGCAAUAAUUCUGGGAAGUUUAUGCAAAUGAUACCAAGCACAGUUCAUUCAGAAAAUCUAAACUAAGUUGUAGAAGUAACUAAUUCAGAAUUUAAGAAUAAUUUCGCUCCUAGUAAUGGGCUUAUUUACAAGAGAUAAAACACUUAUUUAGAAAUAUACAACUCAACAUUCCAAGACAAUUAUUCUGAUGGCAGAGGUUCCAUAAUAUUCUCAGAGUAUGAUUAUAGUAUAACUAGAAUUAAUGCUACUAAUUUUACUAGCAACUAUGCCUAUAAUGGGGGAUUAUUUUUUUAUCAGUCAAAUAAUGAGAUUUCGAUGUUCAGUGAUAUUUAAAAUAAUAAGGUAUCAAUCACUAGCUAAACUGGAUUAAAUAAGGCUUUUGUAGACAUUUUGGCAAAUUAAAAUUCUACAUUAUUUAUGGAUGAUGCUACAUUAGAUAAUACAAAUAAAGACUUCAGUGGGGAAGCAGCAGUUAUUUCAAUUUAAAGCUCAAGCGUUUAAAUAUCUCAAUUUGUAGCUUCAAGUUUUAGCUAUAAUUUGCUUUCCAUUGAGAAUAGUGAUAUUAUGAUAAACUAAUCUUUAUUUAAGGAUAGCUAUUAUGUUGAAUAAACUGAGGAUCUCGAUAUCGACAGUUAGUUCACUUCAAACGUAGCAUUCAAUAGUGGUGGUGCAGUUUAUCUUAAGAACAUUGAUUUAAUAAUUUAAAAUACAGUUUUUCUAGGUAAUAGUGCAUUAGGCGACUGUGGUGGUGCUUUAUACCUAUCCUCUUGCACUUACAAUUUGUUUAAAAAUACGUUCACUUCGAAUUCAGCAAAAUCAUGUGGAGGAGCAAUAUACUAUGACUUGUAUUAGCCCAAGAAUAUUUCAACAAAUAUUUUUUCACUUAAUCAAGCUUUAUAUGGAAAGAACUAAGCUUCAUUUGCAAUCUAGCUGAAAUACAUUUAAAAUAUGAGCAGUAUAGAUAAUAUCUAAACUACUUCGAGACUUGAUAUAAAUUUAGUCAGUGGUUAGUAAAUGAGUUUUCCUCUAAUAGUUGGGUUAUUUGAUCAAGAUGGCUAGUUGGUUUAUAAUGAUAAUUAAAGUAUUGCUUAGAUAACUACAAUGAUGCAAGUAAUUCAACUUUCUUAGAAUACAAAAGCAACUGCUGUAAACGGAAUGUUUACAUUUAAGGAUAUAACUAUGACAGCUUAACCAAAUUUAACUUCAAGUAUAAGAUUCAUUACAGAUUCUCUACAAUUUUAGAAAUUAAUGAAAAUAGGCACUAGAUUAUAAGAGAAUGCAUAUAGGGAGAAGUAACAUAAAAUAAUUUGUGUGUAGAAUGUCAGAAAGGAACCUAUUCAUUUUAACCAACUAACUUUUUUUGCUAAUCCUGCUUCAACCAUGCCAAAUGCUAAGGAAAGAAUUUAACUUUAGUAGAUUCUGGCUAUUGGAGAACUAAAGCCAAUAGUACAUUAAUAUAUAAAUGCCCAAAUAGUGAUAGUUGUUUGUAUGAUUUUUUUCAAUAAUCACUUCUAUAGAGGAGGACUUAAUUCUGAAUGCUUAGUAGGUUACAAAGGUAGACUUUGCCAAAUAUGUGAGAAGAAUUUAAGUGGAAUAAUUUAUGGAAGAGAAAAUAGUUCAUAAUGCGUGGAAUGCCAAGAUUUAUCUCUUUAAAUAUUAAAAUUGAUAGGUGUACUAAUUCUAUUAGCCUUUUAUGUGGGUUAUUUACAAUAAAAUAAGCCGUAAACUGUUCUGAUAAGGAUUUUCACUAACUACUAUCAUGCAACUAUGAUAGUAAAAUCGUUUGAUCUUAACUGGCCUUAAUAAGUAGAGGAUACUUUAAACUAUUUCUCAAUAAUUGGUACGACAAGCUAGUCUAUAUUUUCACUUGACUGUAUGUACAGGCAAUCAACCAGCUUAUCAAUUCCAACUCUAUACUUAAAAGUUAUUUUCUUUGGGUUGAUGCCUUUUAUUUUCAGUGGUAUGGGUGCUGCAUUUUGGUUUGGCAUAUAUAUUUACAAAAAUCUUAAAAAACAACCUUAAAUUAAUUUGUGGAGAAAUAUAAAUGUAACAACCUAUAUGUUCUCUUACAUAUGCUAUCCCAUGAUAACAAACCAGACAUUUUCUUUAUUCAGUUGCUAGAAAUUUGAAGAGGAAGAAGGGAGAUCAUUUCUAAAAGCUGAUUAUGAUAUAGAAUGUUGGACAGGCUUGCAUCUUUAAAUGAUAUAGUUUAUUGGCAUACCUUUCAUUGUUUUUUGGAUUUUUGGUUUCCCUAUUCUAUUUUUCUUCAGGCUAUUCAGACAUAGGAAGAACUUUAAUGAUCCUGAGGUUAUAUAAUAAUAUGGACUAUUUUUCGUUGGAUUAAAUGAUUCAUAGUUCUAUUGGGAAAUUCUUUUAGUUAAUUUUAGAAAAAUUGUCUUUAUAAUGUGCAGCACCCUGCUCUCAUAAAUGAGUCCAAUUAUAAAAAUACUUUUGAGACUUCAUUUAAAAAAACUGUUAAAAUAUCAAUGCUGCAGAUUUCUGACAGUUUACAGUAUAAGAGACUAUAAGUAGGAUUUGAAAAAAUAUGUUUAAAAAUAUAACAAAAAUAAAAAUAAACCUUGUAAAUCCACGCUUAAAGCUAACUUAAACAUAAGUGAUUCAUUUGACGAUAUAUGCUAUAAUAAUGAAGAUAAUUCCAACUAAAAAUAGGCCAAUAUUAAUGAUUAGUCAGACAUAAAGGAAAUCAAUAAGAUAGUAUUCGAAAAAUCGGUAUCAUCAGAUUAUGAUUAAAAUUAAAGUAUUUCCUCAAAGCCCACAAAGUUUAAGUCUCAAAAAUUGAAUUACUACCCUGAAUAUAUGCAUAAUUAAGACUAUCCGAGUAUUUCAUCAUAAAAUUCUGUAAUGAGAUCAAAUUUGAUUGACAAUAAAAGACAAGCUUAAGCUAAACUAAAAGAAGAACAAGUUGAAAAAACAUUAUAGUAAAUAAAAAGAACAAAAGUAAUAAAUGGAUAAAUAGCAAAAAUUUCAAAAAAGAAAGAUAAGGUAGUGAAGAAAAAAGUGAGGACAAUCAAGCCAGAUAUUUUCGCUUUUGAUUCUCAUGGAAAUUAAUUAACUCAGAAAUAAAAAGGUAAUAUAAUAAAUUCUGAAUAACCAGGAAAAGAUAAAUAAUAAAAAUGA